GAAAUACAUAACACAACAAAAACUGUCUGCACCAAUAAAACAACACAAAUGAGAUUUGAAAUUUGAAAUUCGAAUUUUAUACAUGAAUGAAACGUAUUCGUUAUAAAAGCGUGUUUUUUAAACAGCGGUCCCAUGUGAGCACGCUUUUUUCAGAAUUUCGAAAUCCAAAGCCAAAGCGCCAAACUUCGAAUAAAAUAUUUUUCCUCUCUGUGUGUGUACGGACGGGCGAGAUAUUCUCGAACAACGCUCCCCUCCCCCUUUGCUCCGAAGUUCUUUUAGCUCGUGGAUCUUUGAAUUUGAACUUGAAGGUGGUUCCAUGGCAGGACUCUGUAGUAUUCAACCUACUAUAUUUUAAGUGGCUUGCUUUUACUGCUUCAAUCUCGAUGCAGCGCUUUUACCAAUGCUGUUUGUCUUGAAUUGUAGCUAUGAAUAAACAUUAGCUUUGCGCGGCUGAAGAGAAGAAAUGGUUAGCUGCUAGAUUAUAUCGAGAGAGAGAGAUACGGAGGAUUUUAACGCACGAUUUUUGUAGGGGAAUUUUGGAGCGUGGAGCUGAGCAGUCAUGCUGGCCUGCUGGGGGUGAAAACUUGAUUGAAUGGAAGUUAAAGAUUAAGUUGAAUGAAGAAGAUGAAGGCUCACGUACAUAUGGUGAAAGGAAAAGUAACUUCAAGGGCGAACCCUCAGCAAACAGCCUUUGAGCUGAAACAGCGAGUGAUUCUUGCACUCAACAAACUUGCAGAUCGGGACACUUACCAACUUGGGGUGGAGGACCUUGAGAAAACUGUUGAAUGUUUGACACCUGAUGGAGUUGCACCAUUUCUGUCUUGCAUAUUAGACACAGAUUCAGAGAAGAAAAGUGCAGUUCGCAAAGAAUGCAUUCGCCUAUUGGGUGUCUUGGCAACUUUUCAUGAGGAUCUUGUUAGAUCUCAUAUUGGAAAGAUGGUCGCUGGCAUUGUUAAGAGGCUAAAGGACUCAGAUUCUGUUGUAAGAGAUGCUUGUGUAGAAGCUUUUGGAGUCUUGGCUUCCAAAUUGAGCAGUAGUAGAAUUGACACUGAUGGCAUUUUUGUUGUACUGGUUAGACCGCUUUUUGAAGCCCUUGGUGAGCAGAACAAGCAAGUGCAAUUUGGUUCUGCCUUGAGUUUGUCGCGGGUCAUUGACAAUAUUUAUGAUCCCCCUCCUUUGGUUUUGCAAAAGAUGUUGACAAAAACUGUGAAGUUGCUGAAGAAUCCUCAUUUCAUGGCAAAACCGGCAAUAAUCGAGUUGAAUAGGAGUAUAAUUCUGGCUGGUGGUACUCCAACACACAGUUCCUUAACGGCUGCAAUGACGAGUAUUCAGGAAUCUCUGAAGAACAAUGACUGGGCAACGCGUAAAGCUGCCUGUGCAGCAUUGGGAGACAUUGCUACUUGUGGUGCAGCAUGCUUAGGAUCAUAUCGGACUUCUUGUAUUCGAUGUCUUGAAUCAUGUCGCUUCGACAAGGUGAAACCGGUUAGGGACAUAGCUUUGCAAGCAUUGCAGCUUUGGAAAAAUCUUCCUGGGGCAAAUACACCUGAGCCAUCUGAGGCUGGAUCUUCUGUCAAAGAAAAAUCUUAUAAAGACGAAUACGGUGAUAUCACUAGUGCUAGCAUCACUAGUGCUAGCGGAUCAACACAGACCGACAAGACACCGUUGAAAUUUGGCAAUGAACUGCCCAAAAAAAGGGUUCCUCUAUCUUCUAGAAAUUUCGGAAGUGCUUAUACUGAUAAAUGUCAGCAAUCUGAAAGCAAUGACUGGCAAAUAGAAAUUGCAGUCCCAAAGAGACAUAACAUUUUGGCAUUGGAAAAUCAACACGGUGAAUCUGAAGGUGGUUCUGUUAUCACAUCUCUGGGUAGUUCUGUUAACAGGAGAUGUGAAAGAGUAAAUUCUGAUAUUAGAAGUGUCAAUAGCAUUGGAUAUGCAUCUGUGGAAGUUGAUGAUAAACAGGAAUGCUCAUCUGCUUCCAAUAUUUUCACUGAAAGCAGCAAGCCAAAGGUUGUCACUACCCAUUUUGAUGCUUUUGACGAUGCCAGUUUGGUGAAGUCCACAGGAACUAGUCAGAGGUUUGCAGCUGAUGAAGUUAUUAUUGAAGAGCAAAAAUACUUGUCUAAAGUGCAUGACCGUGUAAGCUUAGAUUCAACUCUCACCAAUUCAACCUCACAGACUGUGCGGGAGUGUUGCUCACAAACAGAAAAAGAGAUGGUGUUAAUCAGGAAGCACCUCUUGGAGAUUGAAGAUAAGCAAUCUAGUUUGAUGAAUAUGCUAAAGGUGUUCACAACUUCUGUAAUGGAUAGUGUAUCGGCAGUGCAGAUGAAGGUCUCAAAUCUGGAACUAGUAGUUGAUAAAAUGGCACAAGAGAUUUUUCAUGGGGGAAGAUAUUCAGACACAUCAACUACCAUUCUGAAAAGGAGUACUAACAGUGCUUCCCCUAGAUUUUCCACAUGCACUCCUAGACCAUCUGUUGAUAGCAGCAAGCAGCCUCCAUUGCCACCCAACAAAACUUCAGGAGUAUGGGAGAAGACAUUCACUAGGAACAGUUCAAAGAAUUUUGGAAAACAAAAAGCAGAUAUAUGGACUGAUGCACAUCUUAAGCCAAACAGAAGUUCUUUGUUGAAGGCAACUCCUCCAAACUUUUGUCUCGAAAUUCAUGAAGACCAAAGGAGACAUGUUGGUGUAUUUGAUCAGGUUUCUGCUACUAAAGCAAGGACAAAUAAACUAGAAACCAAGAGAAGCCCCCGGGCAGUUAUGCGAGAUUAUUUCUUUGAUGGGGAUCUGAACUCAGCAUACAUUGAGGCCCUAUGUUCAAGAAAUGAACUUCUUUUGUUUGAAAUUUUGGAUAGAACAGGUCCUGUGCUGGAUAGUUUAUCACAAAAUACUGCAAGCAACCUGUUAAGCACAUUGGCUACAUAUCUACUGGAGCAAAGAUUUGUGAACUCCAUAAUUCCUUGGUUACAGCAGCUUGUGGAACUCAUCAACAUCCAUGGCCCAACAUAUUUGGUACUGUCAGCUAAUGGAAAGCGAGAGUUUCUAUAUGCUAUCCAGGAAACUGCCAAGUCUGUCAAUCUUAAUGCCACAGAGAAAAAAUUAUUUGUUGAUAUUGGCAGGACAUUGCGCCAAAUAUGGGGAAAUGGUUCAUGCUAGCGUUAUAUACAAGAGCUUUUGCAGGAAAUGACUCACGCUAGCUUUAUUUACGAGAGCCUACUCACCGGAACUGUUACAGAAGCGUGCGACUAUGGAAGCCUAGAAAGAAAGCAAAAAAAAAUGUGUUGAAUUGCAUUAAACUGGAUUCCAUUCCUAGUACAAGCCCCAACUAAAUACAUGUAGCAAUGACAAUCCCCCAAGAUUCACCUGUUGUUGAUUGUCUCCCUUUAAGUUGAUUGAACAAUAGUUGUAGUUUGCUUGUUAUGCAGUUAUGACAUUUUGGCAA